AUGUUUCAGUCUCAGAAGGAGCUGGACCUACAUCAGAAGAAGCACACGAAGAGCACGUUCAUGUGCAACUCCUGCGGAUGGACUUUCACGGACGAGCGCCCUUACCAAGCUCAUCUCAAGUCUCACAAGGCGGAUGAAGGGGUCACCUGGAAGUGUAACAAAUGCAAGCUGGAGUUUGCUCAUAAGAACGAUCUUCGGGAACAUCUGAAAAAGCACAUCAAACGCACUUACAGAUGCGAGCAAUGUGGUAGGAUCUUCACCGAGGAGAUCCUGUACAUUGCUCACCUGCGGAAUCACAAGGCUCAUGAGGAUAUAAGAUGGAAGUGUAACAAGUGUAAGCUGGAGUUCAACAAGAAAGAGGAGCUCAAGGAACACCUGAAGAUCCACAUUAAACACACCUACAUGUGCGACACAUGCGGGGAGACGUUCGCGUACGAAAGCGACUACGCCGCACAUCUCAAGAAGCAUUAUUCAGAUGAAUUAUUGAAAUGCAACUUCUGUGAACUGAAAUUUGUGUCUCGCAUAGAUCUUACCGAUCAUUUGAAGACUCAUGUGAUGGAGCUUCAGAUCUGUGUCACGUGUGGAGAGACCUUCACAGACCAGGCCAAGUACCUGAAGCACAUCAAGUUCCACAAAGCCAUGCUGCGGUGCAGGAAGUGCGGGAUCGUGUUCCCCUGUCGGAGCGAUCUUGAGCUCCACAUGAAGACCCACGUGCAGCACAUCUACGUGUGUGAGACCUGCAGCGAUACCUUCACCAACGACAAGGCGUACACGGACCAUCUAAAGACCCACAAUGCCCUGCAGGAAGAGGAUGAUGCAGAUGACUUGCCUGUCAUUGUCAUUUCCUAA